AUGGAGAAACCCAAAUGGGGUGGUGUUUCGCUGCCUGUCGGGACGGAGGGCAGCGUGGUUGCUGCACCGGCCAAAAAUGUGCAGCAAUGGGGUUGGGAGGGAGAUAUGUUCCUGCAGGAUGGUAAAGGGACGUGCAGCUGUGCCCCUGCUUGUGGGCACAAGCUCAUUGCUGCUGCUCCUCAGGGUGAGGUCAAUCCGCCUGUCUCCCAGCAAAAGCCACCCGGAGACCCUGGGAAGUCCAAUAAGGGUGGCCAACUCCAUGACGGCGAUUCCGUCCAUCAUGAUGGCGAACCCCAGCUUCCGAAAAUCUGCUUCUGCUGUCUGCCGAGCAACCCACAGCCGACUUCUUGGUGUGACCUCUUGACUGAAACGGGCAUUUGUCCUAAUUUCGAUUCAGCCUUUACGGAUAAGGUCUGCUGCACAUUCAACUUCAACGAUGGGACCUCGAGCUGUGUGAACCUUGGUCCCGCCGCUGCAAAUCCAGUUGGUGCUGACUCGAUCGUUAAUUCGGUUCUUAGCGGUGUUGGUACAGUUGUCGAUGGUUUGCUGAAAGGUCUUCAGUAG